AUGCCAUCCCCACUGGGGUGGCGGCACUCGUCCGCGCCGUCGCCACUCGUCCCUCUUCGCGGGUCUUCGCUUUCAUCGCUGCUGUGGGGGUGGGGAGACAGAAGCGGCGAAGGCACACAUUGUGGCAUCGCUACAACCGUCGCAGGUGCGGUCCCAGCAGCAUCGCCAUCGCCGUAUGAGCCGCCCAGGCAGAGGGACAAGCAUGCAUGGGAGGAGGACUCUGCACAGGGCUCUUCUGUGAACGGGAUCAACGCGUCACAUCCAGUGUCGCCAGCGGCGCCCGCGGUCUAUGCACCUCCAACGGCCCACGCACCGCACUGUGACGCUGCUUAUGAAGAGGUGAAGGAGGAGCAGAGCUCGCAGUCUUGGCGUCAACCGCUGCGACGCCCACCGUUAGCACCGUCGUCUACAGGCGCCACCUCAACCACAGCGCCACAGAGUGCUUCGGCUGACCGUGUUGUGCACCCUGUCGAGUCAGUUGAGCUCGUUAGUCACCUCAACGCAAACGAGCACGCUGCCAACGUCUGCCGCAUCGCAUACUACCUCAAGGACUACUACGCCAGGGAGGCUGGCGAGGCGGAGCGUGGCAUAGAGUCACUGAGCGCCGAGGACGUGGCCGGGCUAGCACAGUGCUUUUACAUCGACCUCUAUCGCACAGUGCGGCAGGCACGGCGGGAGGCCGGGAUGGAGACGUCAUCCUUUCUGGUCGAAGACCCGGCGGAGAACGUCAUUGCGAGAGUUGCACCAGCGCCGCCACCACCGCCGCAGAGAGAGCGACGCGACGGCUAUACACAGCACCAGGGGGCUGCUGCGUUGUGUCACACCUCUUCAUAUCUUCCACGUCGAUCGUCUGCUGCCCCUGGUUCACGAGGGAGAGAGGAGGUGGAUGACCGUGAGCUGGAUGAUGUCGAGGCGCAGAUACCGCCAGUCACCACACCUACCCCACCUGCGCCCGCAACCACCUACGCAUCCCGGGGGCCCCCUGACAAUGCGGUCCUCCCAAGCCAGCCCUGCGUCUCUGCGAGGGUUCAGCAUCAGCAGCAGUGCACCACUGCAUCCGAUGCUGAGCGUCGGUUAGCGAAUAGCAACACGACCUCUUGCACAGGAGCCACCUACCGCGCCCCGAAUGACCAGCUCGCCUUCAGUGGCGGCGGCACGCACCCAGUUCAAAUCAUCACGGCUCGGCUGCCAGCCUUUCGCAACGACGACGCCAUCACCACGGGCGUCGGGCCCUCCGUGCAGGGCCAUCACAAGCUAUCAGUUACGUCGUCUGUGUUACCUGCCGCCGCCGGCACGACGCCGGCGUCCCGUGCUCGCAAGGAAACUCACGCUCGUGGAAGUCCUGCUAACCAGACCGCGGUUGCCUGUGAUGCGUUGCCGUACAACUUGGACGACGCAAACACCAAGGCCGUCCCCUCUUGGGCUCAAGCUGCCAAGCCGUCGCCGCUGCAUCGACAUCUGCGCAGCACAGCAGACACCGCCAGAGCAGCACGAUCGCGGGUGACGGAGCCAAAUCGCCAGUCGCCGUCUUUUGAGCCACGUAUGGUCUUGGGGGCAUCACAGCACCAUCCUUCGGCGCCGAGCAGGUUUGCUGCGAUGCCGGCUGGGUCCUCGUCGUCUUCUCGGCUCAAUCACCACCAAGGUGACACGAGGAACAGUAGACAGCACCACCGUAGUGGUCCGCUAGAUGCGGCCUUGCAGACUCACGGUCGUCAUGUGCACGUGCGAGACCGGCGCGUGGGCCGCAGCAACUCUGGCGAAGGCAGUGACGCCGAUGGUGAGACGGGCGAGUGCGACGGUCGUAGAGGCCCUGGUGGCGGUGCAGAUCGAGCGGCACUCGCGGCAGCUCAAGAGCUGCCAAGUGGCAUCGUCAAGCGACCUCUUAAAGACCUCAUGCCGCUACUGCGCUCUCGCGGUACCCUCGCUGUCAAGUACAUCCACAACACUCGCCGACCGCACCUGCGUCUCUUCCAAAUCCUCGACUGCAAGGAUAUGUAUCGUGGCAGUGAGGUCCUCAUGCCGCACUUUACGUGGGCGACGCCGAUUGGGGUGCACCAACACGAUCGACUGCCACGUGCGAAGCGGUCGAAGUACGGGGCGCUGCUGCCGACGGGGCUCUCCCUCUCCCAGCAGGAGGUGCCGUACGAAACGGCGCUGAACCUCAUUCACCUGGAGGCCGUGUACGUCGGCGCUGGACGUGGCAUCAGUGAGAUGUACAUGACUCUGUUCCCUCACACGAAGGGUGGCAUCAGCAGUAGCGGCGACGGCUCCAGCUUCUGCGAUGGUGGUGGUGGCGCGGUGGUGGUCGAUCACGAGGGUCGUCGGGUGGCAUGCGGCAUGUGCGCUGUCUUCGUCUUCGCAUCUCGUCCAGUCGCUGUAUCCUUUUUAUGCGAGGGCGAUCGACAGGCAUGGGUGGGUGCCAUGAUGGCUGUGGUGGAGCGCAACCGAAGCUUGAAGGUGUGA